UGAGAAAUGCGAUGACUUUUCACCUUCACUUUCCAACUUGCCAUGUCGAGCAGCCCGACCUCGUACGCCGCCGUCACGACGCCCCUAGACGUCAAGAUCAACGCGGUGCCGACGACCAUUCGCAAGCGCGUGCUGCACAUUGCCGUGAACGAGUCCAGCAACCAGCACGGCGGACCUCGCACUCCGUCGGGUGCGUCACAUUUUCUAUACCAAGGUCAAGACGGCACCCACGAAGCGAUUGAAGUGCCCGCAGACGAACUCGUGGCAAUCCGCGACAAGCUGGAAAAGCCCAAGUCCUUGCUGGGUCAGUGGAUGGCGACGGCCGUAUGCGGUAACGACGUCAUGUCCAGUUGCAGCUACUCGUCCGGCGUCGUGGCGUUGCAGGCCGGGGUCGCCAGUCCCGCCGCGUUUGUCGUCGUGUCCUUGGUGCUGUAUGUGUACCGGUUCGUGUACGAAGAGGUGGUGACCGCUAUCCCGCUCAACGGGGGAUCGUACAACGUGCUCCUGAACACGACGUCCAAGCGUUUUGCGGCGGUCGCGGCCUGUCUGAGUAUCCUGUGCUACAUGGCUACAGCGGUGGUGUCGGCCACGACGGCGGUCAACUACUUGACGGUGACCGUCCCCGAGACACCCCUCGUCGAAACCACCAUCGGGUUGCUGGCCGCGUUCGCGUUGCUCAUGAUCAUGGGCAUCAAGGAAUCUGCGGUUGUCGCCACGGGCAUUUUUGGCCUGCACAUGAUCACGCUGUCCAUCUUGGUCGUCGUGUGCUUGGUGUUCACGAUCCAACACCCGGAGAUCAUCAAGAACAACUACACGAACGUCACGUAUCCGGACGUGGACUUUAUGGGCACGCAGAUCCAGGGCAGUUUGGGGUCGGCGCUAUUUUUCGGCUUUGGCGCGGCGGUGUUGGGGGUCACGGGGUUCGAAACGUCUUCUAACUUUGUCGAAGAGCAACAACCCGGCGUGUUUCGCAAAACCAUGCGGAAUAUGUGGAGUAUUUCGUCGUUUUUUAAUAUUUCUCUGGCCGUGCUGUGCUUUGGCGUGCUGAGAAUGGAUGGCGACGACGGUAUCAAGGCCAAUCAGCACAAUGUAUUGGCCCAGAUGGGGCUCGUAGCGGCGGGAAAAUGGGCGCAAUGGCUUGUGGUUGUCGAUUCGUUCAUUGUGUUGAGUGGCGCUGUGCUCACAGCCUACGUUGGCAUCAACGGUCUGAUGCGCCGAUUGGGGUCGGAUCGGGUGGUGCCGGCGUUCUUCGUCUCGACCAACAAGUGGCGCGGCACAUGUCACUGGAUCGUGCUUGUCUUCUUCGCCGUGUCCACGAGUCUCGUGCUGGUGCUCAAAGCCGACCAGACGGUCGUGGCCGGGGUAUACACGUACUCGUUCCUGGCGCUCAUGUUCCUCUUCGGGUCGGGGUGCAUCAUGCUCAAGCUCAAGCGGCAGGACAUUCCCCGCGACGUUUCCGCGCCGUGGUGGUACUGCGGCCUCGGGAUGACGCUGGUCGCUUGUGGGUUUCUCGCCAACUUGCUCGGGAACCCGCAAACGCUCAUGUACUUUGUCUCGUACUUGAUCAUGACGUUAGUGGUUGUGUUUGCCUCGCUCGAGCAAGUGUUUCUCCUCCGUGUGCUCGUCGUGCUCACGAACCUCGUACGUAAACACCCCCAGAACCACGACACCCCACAAAGCGACGGCAACGUCGAAGUCCCACCAGAUGUUGCUGCGAAACAACGCCCGAGCUCGACCCCUCUCGAGAACGAAAACGCCAACGUGUCUGGCUUGGUCAGCGCGAUCAAGGCGAUUCAGUCGGCGCCCGUGGUGUUCUUUGUCAAAGACGCCGACCUCACGACCCUCAAUAAGGCCAUUUUGUACGUCCGCGCGAAUGAGCUGACCCAUAACCUCCGCUUCAUCCACGUCUACCCCGCCGCCACCGUCGAUGCGUUGGAAGUAGUGGACCAGCUCAAGGACAUGAUUGCCAUGUUUGAUCGCGUGUACCCAAAGAUUCAAUUGGACUUUUACUCGUUGGUGGGCAAGUUUGAACCAGCGACGGUCGAAUGGGUGGCCCAGACGUACAAAAUCCCGACCAAUAUGAUGCUCAUCAAGCAGCCCACGAAUUCGCAGGUCAAGGCCGUGUCCACCCACGGGGUUCGUGUUAUCACGGGGUAGAUAUAUAUACUACUACUAGUACUACUAGUACGAUUACUUGGAUAACGUUAAAUUCAGAAUCACAUACAGGU